GCUAGUAUCACCAUUGUGUUGAUCGGGUGAGGUCCUAUACACGCUACAGUCAUGAAAGUUACACUCGCUUUCCUCGUCGUCUGCAUCUCCAUCAACGUUUACAUGGUCAAUGCUGCCACGAACGAAUGUCUAACUGAUCCUGUAGUAGAAUGCGAAGAGUGUUUGACGGACUGUUGCGAGGAGAUUCUGAUCUCCAUCAAGACGUACGAAGACUGCAGCUGCCCGCUACUGACUGAGGCCAAUCCAGAGGAGGAACGACAGAACUUCUACCUCCGUGUCUUCUACCGCGAGCUGUCUGUUUGGCUCAAGUGGUACUGCUACCUGCACGGCGCUCACCUCACCUUCGGCGACGGUCUCCCAAUUGCCCCGAACUACGACUACUACGAUGAAGAGAAAUAAACUACGGUGGAGGACAAGAAGCACGUUUAUGUCUCUACAUGAUAUAAAGAAUUAUGUUUAAAA